CUUUUGAAGUCCAUCCAAUUAAAAAUCUCUCUCUCACUCUCUAACCAGGACUAGAGAGAGAAAACACACAAUGGCAUUGUGCAGAAAAGCUGCAACCGUUUCAAGCUCCCUUGCCAUCUCCCUCCGCCGCCUCCACUUCCACCACCGCCUCGCUACUUUUUCUCCCUCCGCCGCUCACUGGUUCAGUACAGGCCACCCCUUCAAUGACGAGCACACGGAAGACCCCGUGGCAAUGGAAGAGAUUUAUCCGAAACUGGUGAAAGACAGCUUGUACUGCUUCAAGGUGGAAUUGCAAGGUCUAACCUCAGAAGAUCUGAAAAUAUGGGUGGACGAGAACAGAGAUAUAAUUUUCGAGGGAAAGUGCAAGACCCAACCCAAAUUUGGUUAUGAAGGAAGGAUCUACAAAGGCAUCAUUGAAGCCAAAUCAAAGAUGGACUGCGAUGUGGAUCAGCUCAAGGCUAAGUUGAAGCAUGGCGUUCUCUGGGUGACUGUCCCGCUCAAUCAAGAGGCCAAGGAGAAGACAAUGAGCAGCCCACGCCAAUUCCUCUCGGCCUCCGCCGGGAAGGUAUUCUAUACUUGGUAGCGAUCAAACCCUAGAAAUUUUUUUUUUUUUUUUUUUUUCCCCCGAGAAAAGUUUGAUUCGUCUUCGAUUUGGGGUUUAGGGUUUCUAUCAAUUGAUCGAUGCUGGCUUUUGGUUCUUGUCUGCUUUUAUGGGUUUGUUUUUGGAUAUUGUUGAAUGACCAUGAAUGUUUCGUUUUGGGGGUGAUUUAAGUUGAUUAAUUUCUAGAAAUGUUAACUUGUGGUUAAUUUUA